AUGCCAAACGAACCCAAUCCCUAUGGGGAUGCUGGCCAACAGCCACCUGAGGCUCCCUUGGACCUUCGCGAAUCCUUGGCCACACUCACCAACGUGCGCAUUGGCCUGCCACAACCCAAGGAGACCUACCCCGUCUUAUUCACGGGAAAGCAGGCCGAGAAUGGAGCAGAAUGGCUGAUAGCUCAAACCGCUGGCUCACAGACAGCCACAAGAUCCGUUCCAUCGGCAAGUAUCUUAAGGAGGCAGCUUGGAACUGGUACUGCACUGACAUCCGUCCCCGGCUGGAGGACAUCACUUGGGACGAACUCAAGCCUAAAUUCCUUGCGCGCUACAGCCUCACUACCGACCAAGCGCUGCAGAGGGCUUUCAACAGCUGAGCUGGGGAGAGAUGCAAGUCACAAAGCAGGUGUGGAGGCACAGCACAGCUUGGCAUGGUAUUGGCACAAUCCCGUCCCCGCAAACCAUUCACUGGCCCUUCUAGAAGCAGCUACCAACGGGCGAGAGCUCAACAGACUGCACUCCAAUUUCUCCCUCUUAAACCUCCGUCGUUGGCAAGCUGCAUUUGCCUCUAAAGGUGUGGGACCUGGAGUGCACUCUUGUUGCCAAUGGGCUCCUGUACACAGUGCUCAAGACACAGGCAAGCUCACCGCACGCUUCAGGGCCUCGGUACAGAAUUAA